AUGUGGAUCAAAGAAAAUGUCAAAAUCGUGGUGUGGCCGCCUAAGAUGAAAGCCGAAAUCAGAGACACAAGAAAAUACUGCAAGUUUCAUGAGGAUUAUGGGCACGGAGCAGAUGGGUGCCGAGACCUAAAAGUAGAAAUUGAGAGAAUGAUAGACGCAGACGAGCUGAGGAAGUUCGUAGCUCACAAAACAAAAAGUAGUGAUAAGGGAGAGAAGAGGAGCAGAGACGGCAAAGGAAAGGAAAAGGAAGAAGAGAGGCCAUCCAAAAUUAUGGGAACCAUACACAUGAUCAAUGGAGGAGGGCACAGCAGUUCGACUAUCAGAAGAAAGCAAAGAAGAGAAGUGAUGAACAUCAGAAAAACCCACAUGCCACCACUGAUCUUUGACGUCGAGGAUUACGAACAUGUGAAAGCGCCCCAUAAUGAUGCCUUGGUGGUAACAACCAUCAUCGAAAACUGGAGCAUGGAGCGAAUCCUUUUUAAUGAAGGAAGUGCUAUAAAUCUGAUGACGAAUGCUGCAUAUAAGAUGCUGGGAGGAAUCGCAUCAAAGUUGCGCCGAGUACCGAUCCCGCUAUCCGGACUCGGGGGCCCCUCAAUCAACCCACUAGGUGCUGUCACUUUGGAAGUCAUAAUCAUCCCGGAAAGGGGAAUCAACAAGAAGGUCAUGUCCCUAUUCAACAUAGUAGAUAUGGAACUGACAUACAAUGUCACCCUAGGGAGACCCUUCCUCCACGAUUCAGCUGCAGUAACCAGCAUAGGAGCCCUGACAAUGAAAGUACCAACCGAGAAGGGAGUGGUAACGCUAAGAGGAGACCAGAACAUCGCCAAAAAAUGCUACGACGAGUCUGUUGUAGAUCUCCAAGAAAGCAAAUCAGAGAAGAAAGGGGAAUAG